UCAUUCGCUGACUGGACAUUCGUGGCGUAAACGUAAAAUCUACACAUUCUUACGCGUUUCAAACUCUUAUUGGCUAGAUGCGAACACUAUUGCACAGCUGGUCCUAUCCUGGUGAAGCGUCUGUUUUCUAGCCUUCAUUUUCUCUGGAAUCCCCUCCUACUCUCAGCAGCUACAAAUAUAUCACGACUGUUUUAAACAAACCUUUUUCAUGGUUCGAAUUUGCGAGAGGAGGAUGAAGUUUUUACUUGCAGUUACCAUCAUCGUUGGGUCGGUGGUAUUUCUUCUAUUUCCCGGCGGUUCAGAUGCAGAUGAAAAAAAGAAAGGCCCUAAAGUCACCCACAAGGUGUAUUUCGACAUGAGAGUCGGCGAUGAGGAUGUUGGAAGAAUCGUUAUUGGAUUAUUUGGGAAAACCGUGCCGAAAACGGUGGAGAAUUUCGUCACACUGUCGACUGGAGAGAAAGGAUUUGGCUUCAAGGGGAGCAAAUUCCACCGGGUGAUCAAAGACUUCAUGAUUCAGGGUGGAGACUUCACCAGAGGAGACGGCACAGGGGGAAAAAGCAUUUAUGGAGACCGGUUCCCAGAUGAGAACUUCAAGCUGAAGCACUACGGCCCUGGGUGGAUGAGCAUGGCCAACGCUGGGAAAGACACCAACGGAUCCCAGUUCUUCAUCACCACUGUUCAGACCCCAUGGCUCGACGGGAAACAUGUUGUUUUUGGCAAAAUCCUCGAGGGCAUGGAUGUGGUGCGGAAAAUUGAAGGCACCAAGACGGAUGGUCGAGAUAAGCCCCUCAAAGACGUCACCAUCCAUGAUUGUGGCAAGGUUGAAGUAGAGAAGCCUUUUGCUGUUGCAAAAGAAUAAAGUGGAAAAGAUCUUAUAUAUUUUUUGUUUCCUCCCCCUUUGGGGAGGGGGGGGGGGCAGGUGCUACUAGUCUUAUGGUUCUUUUUGUGGGCCAGAUGCUGGACUUGAAGAACAGUGGUGUCUUUAACCCAGUAGCACAUUCUGCGACACUAUGGUUUGAGAAUGGACCUUGUGGUUGUUUUUUUUUUUUUUUUUUUAAGUUGGCUUUUAACCUGGGAAAUCUCCAAUGAUUUGUACCCAACAUCUGUUUUGAUACCACCACCAUCAAAUGUAUGCAGCUUGUAAUUUAGAGUGAGGCUAUUUUGAGGAAUGGUAUGUGUGAUUAGGCUAAUAUUUGUCGCAGGUUCAUUUUAAAAGGUCUAAAUCGUUGUCCAAAAUGUAACAAACACACCUUAAAUAAAAAAAAAACAUCCAGGUUUA